GGCAGCUGCUGUACGAGGCCGGCUUGCGAGAAGAGCUUCGGGAAAGGCGCGUGUCGGCAGCUUACUGGCGCAGCCUUGGCCGCUGCCGUCCCGCCCCGCCCCGGCCUCGUCGCAGGCGCCGUAGUGGAUGAAGCGCCGCCCGGGCCUGGGCAGGAAGGAGGACGCGAGAGGCGCGCGUGCCGCGACUGCGCGGCCUGUGACAGGGGUUUGCUGUAAAAUGGGACUUCUGAUUGUACUCAUUGGACUGUGGCUGUUCACCUCAGUAAAGGCAGAUUCAAAAGCCAUUACGACCUCUCUUACGACAAAAUGGUUUUCUACCCCAUUGUUGUUAGAAGCCAGUGAGUUUUUAGCAGAAGACAGUGAAGAGAAAUUUUGGAAUUUUAUAGAAGCCAGUCAGAAUAUUGGAUCAUCGGAUGAUCACGAUACUGAUUAUUCCUAUUAUCAUGCAAUAUUGGAAGCUGCAUUCCAGUUUCUGUCACCUCUACAGCAAAAUUUGUUGAAAUUUUGUCUGUCUCUUCGUUCGUACUCAGCUACAAUUCAAGCUUUCCAGCAGAUAGCUGCUGAUGAGCCUCCACCAGAAGGGUGUAAUUCAUUUUUUUCAGUGCAUGGGAAGAAGACUUGUGAUUUUGAUACCCUUGAGACCCUCGUACUAACGGCAUCGGAAAGACCCAAACCACUGUUGUUCAAAGGAGAUCACAGGUAUCCCUCAGCCAGCCCUGAAACCCCAGUGGUGAUUUUCUACUCUGAGAUUGGCUCUGAAGAGUUUUCUAAUUUCCACCGCCAACUUACAUCAAAAAGCAAUGCAGGCAAAAUCAAUUAUGUGUUCAGACAUUAUAUAUCUAAUCCCAGGGAAGAGCCCGUGUACCUCUCCGGCUAUGGUGUGGAAUUGGCCAUUAAGAGCACUGAGUACAAGGCCAAGGAUGAUACUCAGGUGCAAGGAACCGAGGUAAAUACCACAGUGAUUGGUGAAAAUGACCCUAUUGAUGAAGUUCAAGGAUUUCUCUUUGGAAAAUUAAGAGACCUGCACCCUGGUCUGAAGGGACAGUUGAAAGAACUCAGAAAACAUCUCGUGGAGAGCACCAAUGAAAUGGCCCCUCUAAAAGUCUGGCAGUUGCAAGAUCUAAGUUUCCAGACUGCUGCCCGAAUCUUGGCUGCUCCCGCGGAGCUGGCUUUGGUGGUUAUGAAGGAUCUCAGUCAGAAUUUUCCUACCAAAGCCAGAGCAAUAACAAAAACAUCUGUGAGUUCGGAACUGAGAACUGAAGUGGAAGAGAAUCAAAAGUAUUUCAAAGGAACUUUAGGAUUACAGCCUGGAGAUUCAGCUCUGUUCAUCAACGGACUUCAUAUUGAUUUAGAUACACAAGAUAUAUUCAGUUUAUUUGAUGUACUGAGGAAUGAAGCACGGGUCAUGGAGGGUCUGCACAGAUUGGGAAUUGAAGGCCUCUCUCUGCAUAACAUUUUGAAGCUGAACAUCCAGCCCUCGGAGGCCGACUAUGCGGUGGACUUCCGGAGUCCUGCCAUCUCAUGGAUCAACAACCUGGAAGUUGAUAGCAGAUACAAUUCGUGGCCUUCUACUCUACAAGAGUUGCUUCGGCCCACUUUUCCUGGUGUCAUCAGGCAGAUCAGAAAAAACUUACAUAACAUGGUUUUCAUAGUUGAUCCCGCUCAUGAGACCACAGCAGAGCUGAUUAACACAGCUGAAAUGUUCCUCAGUAAUCAUAUACCACUAAGAAUUGGUUUAAUCUUUGUGGUUAAUGAUGCUGAAGAUGUUGAUGGGAUGCAAGAUGCUGGAGUGGCUGUUCUUAGAGCAUAUAAUUAUGUCGCCCAAGAAAUGGAUGAUUAUCAUGCGUUCCAGACUCUGAUAAAUAUCUAUAACAAGGUGAGGACUGGAGACACGGUGAAAGUUGAACAUGUGGUCAGUGUCCUGGAGAAUAAGUAUUCCUACGUUGAAGUGAACAGCAUUUUGGGGAUUGAUUCAGCUUAUGACCAGAAUCGGAAGGAAGCAAGAGCCUACCAUCAGCAGACUGGGGUUGGUCCACUGCCUGUGGUUCUGUUCAAUGGAAUGCCACUUGAAAAGGAGCAGCUGGAUCCUGACGAGCUGGAAACCAUCACAAUGCACAAAAUCCUGGAAAGCACAACCUUCUUUCAAAGAGCAGUGUAUUUGGGUGAGCUGUCCCAUGAUCAGGAUGUGGUGGAGUAUAUCAUGAAUCAGCCAAAUGUUGUUCCACGGAUCAACUCGAGGAUAUUGACAGCUGAGCGAGAGUACCUGGAUUUAACAGCAACUAAUAACUUCUUUGUGGAUGAUUAUGCUAGGUUUACUGUCUUAGAUUCCCAAGGCAAGACUGCUGCUGUAGCCAACAGUAUGAACUAUUUGACAAAGAAAGGAAUGUCAUCCAAGGAAGUCUAUGAUGAUUCUUUUAUUAGGCCAGUUACUUUUUGGAUUGUUGGGGAUUUUGAUAGCCCUUCUGGAAGGCAGUUAUUGUAUGAUGCCAUCAAACAUCAGAAAUCCAGUAACAACGUUAGGAUAAGCAUGAUCAAUAAUCCUCAUGAAGAUAUAACUUAUGAGAACACUCGGAUCUCCAGAGCAAUCUGGGCAGCUCUCCAGACGCAGGCCUCCAACUCCGCCAAGAACUUCAUCACCAAAAUGGCCAAGGAAGAGACUGCCGAGGCCCUGGCCGCGGGUGCCGGCAUCGGAGACUUCUCUGUUGGGGGCAUGGAUUUCAGUCUUUUUAAAGAGGUCUUUGAAUCUUCCAAAAUGGAUUUCAUUUUGUCUCAUGCCAUGUACUGCAGGGAGGUUCUGAAGCUGAAGAAGGGACAGAGGGCAGUGAUCAGCAAUGGACGGGUCAUUGGGCCACUGGAGGAUCAUGAGCUCUUUAAUCAAGAUGAUUUCCACCUCCUGGAAAAUGUCAUCUUAAAAACUUCAGGACAGAAAAUAAAAUCUCAUAUUCAGCAGCUUCGGGUAGAAGAAGAUGUGGCCAGCGACUUGGUGAUGAAGGUGGGUGCCCUCCUCUCAGCCCAGCCGAAAGGAGAUGCACGAGUUGAAAACCAGUUCUUUGAAGACAGACACAGUGCAAUUAAACUGAGGCCGAAGGAAGGGGAGACGUACUUUGAUGUCGUGGCUGUCAUUGACCCUGUCACCAGAGAAGCACAGAGACUCGCCUCUUUGCUCUUGGUUUUGACUCAGCUGAUAAAUAUGAAUCUAAGAGUAUUUAUGAACUGUCAAUCAAAACUUUCCGACAUGCCUUUAAAAAGCUUUUACCGCUAUGUCUUAGAACCAGAGAUUUCUUUCACUUCAGACAAUAGCUUUGCUAAGGGUCCAAUAGCAAAAUUUUUGGAUAUGCCACAGUCUCCUCUCUUCACUCUGAAUUUGAACACACCUGAGAGUUGGAUGGUGGAAUCUGUCAGAACACCCUAUGAUCUUGAUAAUAUUUAUUUAGAAGAGGUGGACCGCGUAGUGGCUGCAGAGUAUGAGCUGGAGUACCUGUUACUAGAGGGUCACUGCUAUGACGUUACCACGGGCCAGCCCCCACGAGGACUGCAGUUUACCUUAGGGACCUCAGCCCGCCCAGUCGUUGUUGACACCAUUGUGAUGGCCAAUCUGGGAUACUUUCAAUUAAAAGCCAACCCAGGAGCUUGGAUUCUCAGACUUAGGAAGGGACGCUCUGAAGAUAUUUAUAGAAUCUACAGCCACGAUGGCACAGAUUCUCCUCCUGACGCUGAUGAUGUGGUUGUCGUCCUCAACAACUUCAAGAGCAAAAUUAUUAAAGUGAAGGUUCAGAAGAAGGCGGACAUGGUGAAUGAGGACUUGCUGAGUGAUGGAACUAGUGAGGAUGAAUCUGGAUUUUGGGACUCCUUCAGGUGGGGCUUUACGGGAGGACAGAAGACUGAGGAAGCAAAACCAGAGAAAGAUGACAUAAUUAAUAUUUUCUCCGUUGCGUCUGGUCAUCUGUAUGAAAGAUUUCUUCGCAUAAUGAUGCUCUCAGUGCUGAAGAAUACCAAGACUCCUGUGAAAUUCUGGUUCUUGAAGAAUUAUUUGUCCCCUACGUUUAAGGAGUUUAUACCUUACAUGGCAAAUGAGUAUAAUUUCCAGUAUGAGCUUGUUCAGUACAAAUGGCCCCGGUGGCUCCAUCAGCAGACCGAGAAGCAGCGCAUCAUCUGGGGCUAUAAGAUCCUCUUCCUGGAUGUGCUUUUCCCUCUCGUUGUUGACAAAUUCCUGUUUGUGGAUGCUGAUCAGAUUGUACGAACAGAUCUAAAAGAGUUACGAGAUUUCAAUUUGGAGGGUGCUCCUUAUGGUUAUACUCCUUUCUGUGACAGCCGAAGAGAAAUGGAUGGCUACAGGUUCUGGAAGUCAGGGUACUGGGCCAGUCACUUAGCUGGGAGAAAGUAUCAUAUCAGUGCACUGUAUGUCGUGGACCUGAAGAAGUUCAGGAAAAUAGCUGCUGGUGACAGACUUAGGGGACAGUACCAGGGUCUGAGUCAGGAUCCCAAUAGCCUUUCUAAUCUUGACCAGGAUUUGCCCAAUAACAUGAUCCAUCAGGUGCCAAUUAAAUCCCUCCCUCAAGAAUGGCUCUGGUGUGAGACGUGGUGUGACGAUGCCUCCAAGAAAAGGGCAAAGACCAUCGAUUUGUGUAAUAAUCCAAUGACCAAGGAGCCGAAGCUGGAAGCAGCUGUGCGAAUUGUACCAGAGUGGCAGGACUAUGACCAGGAAAUCAAACAGCUGCAGGUCCGCUUUCAGAAGGAGAAGGAGUCAGGAGCACUGUAUGAAGAGAGGAAGACAAAAGAACCAAGCCGAGAAGGCCCUCAGAAACACCAAGAAUUAUGAUCUCUGGAGAAGGAUAGGAAAUGACACCUUUUGAAAAACGGUUUUUAUAUGAAAUGCUAGUUUUUUCUGAUCUGUCUACACAACUGCUGAUGAACUGCCGGGCGGGUGUGCCACACCUUCUGAUUCCAAGAGUUUGGUUUUGACUUCUGCACACCGGUGGGCUCUGAGCUGGGGCGUCAUGGCUCCAGUGGGUUUGUACCCCCAAGGAGGACUCCACAGAGCCACUUCCUCACCGGAGAGGAGAGUGGCAGCAGCAGGUGGAAGACAGUGAGUACCUUGGAGCUCACUCCCACUGCCCUGUCAGGGAGGCAGGCCAGCGGAGCCUUCGCGUCCUUCCUUACCUCAGUUUUACCUGGCAGCAGAAUGUGGUCUGCAGCCUGCAAAAGCUUUGUCCACAGGUUCCAGGAACUGUGAGGUCAAUGCCAGCACAUCCUUCGUGCCCCUCGUGUGUUCUCUUCCCAAGUCAAAAUGCAACCAGCUGAUCCUGUGUCUUCAGGGUAGGCUCGGCACAGCAGCUCAGCUAAAUUAACGUGGGGACAUGAUGAAGGGGAGUGGUUGGGGUGAAGGUAGGGAAAAUAUUUCAGCCAGUGGGGAUGGGGGAAGACCAGAAACCGGCUGUUUUCUUCUAUAACCACCAGUUCCAUUGUGAUUAACUCGAAAGGAAAACCGAUUCCUGUUCCCCACCAAGCCCGGGGAACUCUUCAGGUAACUGGUAACAGUUUUGUAUUUGGGAAAGCCUUUGCUUUUCCCCCCACCUUCUUAAGAGAUGCCUGUUGGUGAUUUCUUUAUUGGACACAGCCACACUGAGCUCCCCUCAUCUGCCCAUCGUGGGUGCUCCAAGGUGACCCUCGGGAAGGUCACUGGGAUCCUUUGCUCACUCCUCCCCUAGAGGACUCUCUCAGACACCAGAGUUGGCUUUGGUUCCUCUGCACAGUAACUCUCAGAUGUAAGAUCAGGCAAGAUCCUGACUGUGGGAUUAAUGUUUGUGUAGGUGGUUCUGUGUUCCUUUCAAUUCAGCGCUUCGGGUUGCCUUUGGUUGCAAAAAUUGCCUGGGGUCUCCCGUUCUGCACCAGCCUUUCCUGGUGAGUGGGCAGUGCUGGGCAGCCACCACGGCUGAGGCUUCCGGUGAGCUGUGCUCCUGAGCUGCCUGGAGCUCGGGCAUCCUUCCACGUCAGUGCCCUGAGCAGCAGGACACUAACGUGGAAUGUCACCUGCCUUUGGGGACGCUCAGUUUUUUCUUUCAUAUUUUGCCUGUUUUUAAAAACACAAGGUGGGGGGUAGUGUAAAUAGAUAGCUCUUGCUCUUUUAAACUGGAUAAGAUACCAAUUUGCAAUCUUUUUAAAAAUUCAAAGUCUCAUCACUAAUAUCAAGUAAUUUAUUUUUCUCAUUUUCAAAUGCAAGCAUUAGCUUAGUAGCCUCCCAGUCAAUCUGAAGGAGCUUUUGACUUUGCUGUCAUAGUUCCAUUAAAAAUCAGAGGUGGGAGGAAGCUUAAAAGAGAAUUAGGUGAAUUGAUCGGAGAUGCAGAAGGUCCAGGUGACCCUUGGAGGCACUGCUGUUGGCAAAGGCCGUAGCCUGACUCCCCUGCCCUGCCCUCCUGAGGGAGAGCAUCAGUGAGAUGAAGAGCGUUUUGUCAGGCUUCAGCUUCAGAUCUAAUUAAGCCUUCAGAGAGCCUUCUGCUGCUGCCGCUUUCAGAGUAGGAAAUACGUCCUUGGGGCGUGUCUUUCCACCAGCUCUCCUGUGCAUAUCCCACAGAAGGGUUGUCUGGAGCACGCCGCGUUCUCUGCCGUGUGCUUUCCAGUGUCUGUCACCGCCCUGGGUGCAGGUCUAGGCCCUUCCUCCUCCCGCCAGUCCUCCUCCUCUUGGUUCAUGUGGCAUAAGCACCUUCCAAAUUCAUCCUAAAGCCCUAGGAAAUGAUGUUAUCACUAAAAUCUGGUCUGGGUCAGCUUUAUGGCGUCUCUACAUAGGAAAGCAUAUUGUGACAGAUGAGGUAGGUGAGACAAAUUUCUUUCCAAGAAGCAAGAAUUGAUUGCACUGAAUGUUCUCCUUAUGGAAACUGUUUGCAUUGGGUUCAGUUUUUAACCAUCAUUUAUAUGUAAUGGAUUUGUUGUUCUUUUAUGCUGUACUAGAAAAUUUUGUCUGAAUAAGGCAGAGUGAUGUGAAAUAAUGUCUCUCAAAAUGAAGUGAGACAUUGUAAGCCUGUGUUUAUGUUCUGUGAACAGUGGCGUUUGAUUGGGAUCGGGAUCUGUCCCCACAGCCUGCUGAUGGGCCAUGGGCAUGCCUCUGCCACAGGCUCUGCUGUGUCUGCGUUUGGCUUUAAAAUCAUUCUGAAUACAAUGUUAGCUCUCCACAUAAUUGAUAAAGGUUCUCCUCUCCCAAAAUGUUGCAUUUCAUACUGAACCCGUGAAUGUUUGCGUGGUUACUAAGUGCACAAAAGCAUUGUGCUGCACUCAUACAUUUCAGGAUCUCAUUUCUUGGGAGAGCAAAGAUUUUGAGGGUAUUAAGGGACAGUUUCCAUGAAUGGAGCUAAAUUUACUCUGCUGUCCUUAAGUCCUCAUGUUUAUGAACCUUGUUAGGGCUAUGCCAGAAUUAACGUUUAUCUGGCUGUUAGGUCUGAGAGUCCCUGAGCAGCAGGACACUGAACAAAGACUGAAAGAGCUGUGUGUGUGUGUGUGUGUGUGUGUGUGUGUGUGUGUGUGUGUGUGUGUGUGUGUGUGUGUGUGCAAUUUUCAGAAGAGGCUGGCCAAGGUGAGAGGGUGGAAGGAAACCCCAUGCCUUAUUGGAACAGGUCAGAUGCCACCCCUAUAGCAAUGAGUAUAAAAGGACUCUUCUCUCCCACCCUGCCCCUGACUAAAUUUAGGUACUCGAAAGCAGUCCUUUUCCAAAGUUGCCAUGGUUAACUUGGUCUGAAUGGUUAAGAGAAACAAACACAAGAGUUACAUGGGAAUAUCUAGCAUAUUUUUCUGAAUAAAAUAUUAGUACUACUGUAUCAGAUUUCAUGGAUAUGUAAAAGCAUUGACAAAGCCACCUGAUGGAAACCUUCCCUUGGUAAUGAAAAAUGGAGGGUGAAUUAUGUGCAGUUAUUUAAAUAUAUAUUCCAUUGUUGUGCAGUUUUAAUGAAUUUUUUAUGGACUUGACUUCUUGGGGGCAUUUUGUGGGAUGAUUGGAGUUAAAUGUAGCUUGUCAUGUGUCUAGUAGGGUGACACUUUUCAUUCAAAUCAUGCUUUCCAUCUUGAUUCAGUGAGGAAACAAUCUUGAUCAGGACUUUGGUAAUUAUCUGGCUGAAAUCAGGCAAAUUAGACUUGAUUAAUAGUUACUGAUAUUUCAAAGUGUCUGGGAGACACAGAUUCCUCCCUCAUUAUUUGGUGUUUGAUUUCUGUACCUAAUACAGACGCUGCUACUCAUUGACCCGGAAGGGGCCAGGCGGCCCCCUCACCCCUUCUGAGUGGCAGUGGGUUGGUGAUUGCAGGAGAGGUGCCCUCUCCCUCAGGGCAUCAUUGAGUGCUGCCGCUUUAUAAAAACAAAUCGCAAGAUCAGUUUCAGGCAGCUCCAUAAAGUUUCAACUUCGUGGUAAAGAUUUUGCAAGCAAGAGGCCACCUUGUGACUUUCUCAACUACCUAGCAAUGCAGAUGCCAAAUGUGGAAGAUUUAAGUAGGACAUAAGCAAGGGUAUGGAGCUGAGGCCUUCAUCCCACCUAUACUAUAUGCUUUACCUUGUUUGUUGCCCUUUCGAUUUCCAGAAAAUGCCGUAAUUCCUUCUUUAUACAAAAAAUGUCGCAGAAUGUAUUAACCUAAGGUUGAUAAUUUGAGGACAAAAGAUUAUCAGGUACCAUGUUUUCCAAUCAUUUAUCCCUGGUAAUAAGAAAGUAAAUGUAAAAACAGGGAAAUGUUCAUUUUUAAAGAAAUGACGUACUUCAAAAGACCUUUAUAAAUAUUCUCUUACUGUAAUCCUGUCCUGUUAAGAGCGACAUAGUGCCCAGGUGCUGCCCCUUGCUUGGGAACGAACGUAAGAGUUUUAAAUGUCUGCAGAAUCCUCUGCAGCAGAACUGAAUUGAGAAUGAACUUCCUGGUACUGUAAUGAUAAUAAGGUCUGCUCAAUACAAUAAACUUUUUCUUCUCUUCUGUAAA